CGAACCGGGCCGCGCCGACGAAAGGAGACGGCGGCGCAGCCGGAGGAGCAGGAUGUCCUUCCAGGGCAAGAAGAGCAUCCCCCGGAUCACGAGUGGCCGCCUUCUGAUCAGAGGCGGAAGGAUCGUGAAUGAUGACCAGUCCUUUUACGCUGACCUGUAUGUGGAGGACGGUUUGAUAAAACAAAUUGGAGAAAACCUCAUUGUCCCUGGGGGCAUCAAAACGAUUGACGCUCACGGCCUAAUGGUCCUGCCAGGCGGAGUCGACGUCCACACAAGGCUGCAGAUGCCCGUCCUGGGCAUGACCCCGGCUGAUGACUUCUGCCAGGGGACCAAGGCUGCCCUGGCAGGAGGGACCACCAUGAUAUUGGACCACGUGUUCCCCGACACGGGUGUGAGCCUGCUGGCGGCCUUCGAGCAGUGGCGGGAGACGGCGGACCGUGGAGCCUGCUGUGACUACUCCCUGCACGUGGACGUCCCCCGCUGGCAUGAGAGCACCAGGGAGGAGCUGGAGGCCCUGGUGAAGGACAAGGGUGUGAACUCCUUCCUGGUCUUCAUGGCGUACAAGGACAGGUACCAGUGCACGGACGGCCAGAUGUACGAGAUCUUCAGUGUCAUCCGGGACCUGGGAGCCGUGGCCCAAGUGCACGCGGAGAACGGGGACAUCGUGGACGAGGAGCAGAAGCGGCUGCUGCAGCUCGGCAUCACCGGCCCCGAGGGCCACGUGCUCAGCCACCCAGAGGAGGUGGAGGCUGAGGCCGUGUACCGCGCUGUCACCAUCGCCAGGCAGGCCAACUGUCCGCUGUACGUCACCAAGGUGAUGAGCAAGGCUGCGGCCGACGUGAUUGCCCGAGCCAAGCGUAGAGGGGUGGUCGUGGUCGGGGAGCCCAUCACCGCCGGCCUGGGCGCCGAUGGCCUCCACUACUGGGGCAAGAACUGGGCCAAGGCCGCGGCCUUCGUCACGUCACCCCCCCUCAACCCGGACCCCAGCACUGCAGACCACCUCGCCUCCCUGCUGGCCAGCGGGGACCUCCAGGUGACCGGCAGUGCCCACUGCACCUUCACCACUGCCCAGAAGGCCGUCGGCAGGGACGACUUCACGCGCAUCCCCGAGGGCACCAACGGCGUGGAGGAGCGCAUGUCUGUGGUCUGGGAGAAAUGCGUGGCCUCAGGGAAGAUGGACGAGAACGAAUUUGUUGCCGUGACCAGUACAAAUGCAGCCAAAAUCUUCAAUUUUUACCCAAGGAAGGGGCGGGUGGCCGUAGGUGCCGAUGCCGACCUGGUCAUAUGGAACCCCAAGGCCACGAAAAUCAUCUCUGCCCAGAGCCACCACCUGAACGUGGAGUACAACAUUUUCGAAGGCGUCGAGUGCCGAGGAGCCCCCACGGUGGUCAUAAGUCAGGGCAGGGUCGUGCUGGAGGACGGGGCCCUGUUCGUCACCCCCGGGGCUGGCCGCUUUAUUCCGCGGAAGACCUUCCCCGACUUCGUCUACAAGAGGAUAAAGGCUCGCAACAGGCUGGCAGAGAUCCACGGCGUGCCCCGAGGCCUCUACGACGGGCUGGUCCACGAGGCGAUGGUGCCCCCCAAGCCCGGGGCUGGUGUGCAGGCCCGCGUGUCCUGCCCGGGGAAGAUCUCAGUCCCACCCGUUCGCAACCUGCACCAGUCGGGGUUCAGUCUGUCUGGCUCUCAGGCCGACGACCACAUCGCCAGGCGCACGGCUCAGAAGAUCAUGGCACCACCUGGCGGCCGCUCCAACAUCACGUCCCUGUCCUAGGUGCUGCUCGUGCCCGCGGCUCGCGUGCCUGUAGGCGGCGGCCUCCCCCUCCGUUCCCUUCCCUUCGUUGAACCCAUUUUGAAAGGUGCCUGGCCUCACCUUCCCCUCCCCAGAAACUCUCCU